CGGCAAGUCAGGAUGGGGUAUUCUGGGUAAGGAGGAAAGGGCGAAUGCCUUGCCGAGACCUGGGUACCGCGCUAGCGACAGUUGAGCUGUACUUGAGGCUAGGUAAAGAAAUGGCGACGGAGGAAGGGAUCGAUGACCAGCAGAGCGGAGGGAAUCAGGUCACGAAUGGGAAUGGGGAACAAAACGAGGGAUCAACCAGGGAUCGAGAGUCGGCCAAACUGGAGGGGACCCGAGAAGACGAAAAUGACGUCUCAAUUGUAGAAAGCUCGGAGAAAGGUAGGGGUAGCAAAAGGGGACCUCAGGAAAACAGGGAAGGGGGAAAUGAUAUGAGAACAAGUCCUCGGAACUCAGCAGGAGCCACCCCUAAAAAGAUGAAAGUCUUGGAUACCAGUCACAAACUGGCAGAGAUAGAGAAGCGGACCGCGAAAUUUAAGGCAAGACUUAUCGAGCAGAUGAUGGCCGGGGAUGAGGAGGACCUCCAUGACGCAGGGUCACGUGAGGGACGCAGGGCCGGUCAGGACGAGGCUAGGUAUGUGGGGAAGGAUGAUAGUCACAAAGGAACACCUACCAAGAAGGGGAAGGACAAGAGCGACCCCCCGGCGGAAGGAACGGAAAACGCUAUGACCCCACCCGCCAUUGAUAGCGGCACUAGCAGACUACCCGCCAUGCCGAAAGUAACAGGGGCGUGUGACGGACUCGGGAGCCUUAGGGAGAGAGUGCUAGGAUGGUUCGACCCAGAAGGAACAACGAAAACCAGGGAGAAGCAGAGGGAAAGCAAGGAAGGGGAAGGAACCAGUGCAGCCGGGGAAGCGGGUGGCUCCGAAGACGGUCUCAAGAAAGUAGUCGCCAUCCUCAACAGGACACUGAACAAGAACCAGUGGUAUCUCGCAGAUGCAAAAAAGAAACUCACGUUCGAUGGGGCCAACAUUACGGAGUUUCUAAUAGACUAUGAGAACCUAGCAACCUUACUGAAAUGGACGGAAGAGGAAAAGAUGGAGCAGCUAGGACAGCACGUAUCACCAAGCUUGGGAAGGGACACUAAGGUCAUCGUCGCCUCCAGUGGAUCCUGGAAAGAAACCAGGAAUGAGAUGAUGAGGAAAUACCUGAAGGCAGAGAAAAUGGCAACAGAGGCCGAAUUAGCCGAAGUCCAGAGGAAAAACUAUGCGACUUACAAUGAUUUCCUAAGGGCAUUCACGUUACCAGCAGACUAGUAAGUUCGAAUACAUGGGAGACGUGGACUUCAGCACCGUAACAAACCUUGCGAAAAGAC